ACUUUGGAGUGGAGACGCGAGUGGUGGCCCAACUGAGUAGAACUGCCUUCCAGCCAGUGAUGUACUAUAAUAGUUUCUGCUUCUGCUAAAAGGUCAUUUCUUCUCAAAAUACUUGUCAGUUGCUUUGUCUUGUGUUUUUUUUUGCAAACAAAAAAAAAACAAUCCUGAUGUUUUAGGACUAGAACAAACUUGCAAUGAUCAAGAAUGCAGAAAACAAGAAUACACCAAAUUCUUUUCUUCAUCUUCAUUCUUCCAGAAGGCAGGUCCUCCGUCAUGAGUAACUAUCUGAAUGUGGGGGGAAAUAUUGGAGAACCAGUCAUCCUACCAUGUGCCAAGCAGAAAAAGAACUCCAUGUAUGGGACCAACAGAUGUUGGUAUUUAAAUAAUAAUCCUGUGUACUGUUGGAGCUCUCCAGUGGUGAGCAAAUUUGGCAGUCGACUCUCCAUUAAUGGAAGCUGCAACCUAGCUCUCAAAGACCUCGAGAUUGAAGACUCUGGGCUGUAUGCUUACGUGUCAUCUGAGGGAUAUGUGGGGCAGGUGAACCUCACCGUAACUGAGGGCACCCAGAUGCCAGUUCCUAGUAUACAGGGCAUCAGAGGAAGGUCUGUCCUGUUGCCUUGCCUGUCCAUUAACAACGGAGGGGGGACAACCUUUGAGAAAGCCAACUGCUGGUAUCACGAACACAGAGACAUCCACUGCUUUUCUGGCACUUCUUCCAGCUUUAACAGGUUUACCUCUCGCCUUAAAGACAGCAACGACCAAAACAUGAUACUUUCUGAAUUACAAAAGACAGAUGAGGGGCUCUUCACUUGUUACCAUAGUUCCCUCAACUACGGCCAGGUGAAACUGACUGUAAAAGAUGUUGCUGUGUCGAAACCUGUAAUAUCCAGGAAUCCUGAUAUGCGUCUCAUCAAGGCCGGUACUCCCAUCACUCUGACCUGUCACUCUGAGAAUGGCUCCUGGCCCAUCUCCUACAGCUGGUACAAGCUCAACCCGCAAACAAAGAGCUAUAAGCUCUUCCAGUCCUCCCAGGAGUCUCUGUCUUUCCACCCAGCUGAGGUACCCAGCGCGGGGAACUACAAAUGUGUCGCCACCAACAAAGCUAAUGGAGCCACCACAGCUGAAAGCACAACCACAGAGCUCAUAGUACAGAGUCCCAUCACCAAUAUCUCCAUCCAGGUUCUCCCCAAGCAGCUGUUUGUUUUUGAAGGACAGGCUGUUGUCCUGCGAUGCCAGGUGAGAAAUGGGUCUGAGCCCAUCUCAUGGACCUGGUACAGAAUCGGGGAGGUGUCUGGAGAGAAAACCAUUGUCGGCCAUGAGCAGGAGCUGAUGCUGACGGUCACCACACACAGCGGAGACUAUGCCUGCAAGGCCCAGAAUGAAUACAGUGGGAAAAACAUCACCUUAGAGAGCACGACAGUCACAGUGCACAUCGUACCCAGAGCUAAGGAAUAUGCUAUUGCUACAGCUGGCCUGUGUUUUUCCCUGUUCAUCCUGGCUGGCGCCUUUGUUAUAGGCGUCUGGAUAUGGAAAAGAAGGAGCCCAGACUCUACGGCCUCCCAGAUGCCACCCAGGAAAGAUGUCUCAAUGCCCAAGAAAGAUUCAGCAGCAGCAGACAAUCAUCACAGCAGAACUCCGUAUGAGAGACAGAAGGCAAGAGAGAAUCCGAUCAAAAACCAAUAUCAGGAUGUGCAAGAAGGGUUUUACUGCCCCCUCUCUAUUGAAAAUCAAGUCGAAGAGGAUAUUUAUGAUGACCUGACCUAAUGAACCGACCUUGUGCCACAGUCCACUUACAAGUGUAGUUUUCCCAGGUUUUGCAGUUCAGUUCAGUUUAUUGUUAUAUGCACAAGUGCAAUGAAAUGCUUUAACUGCAGUCUUGUUACAAAAAGCUCAUAUUUGGUGGGGUUAAAUGUCAGUGCCAUUAUAAUUAACCCCACAAGAAGGAGUUAAAGGCUUUUUGUCUUACUUUUUUAUGUAUUUAUAUUUUUUUACUUCCUUUUGAGUUGUAGCUAUUGUCUGAUAUCCUCCCACCUCUUCUCUUAAGGUUUUAAUUCAGCAAAUUCAUUUUAAUAGUAAAAGCAGCUGUAAAAGCCAGAGCUCAUGUUUUCAUGAGCAAAUAAAAAAUGAAUGAAUUGUAAA